AUGGACUUCUACUCGCUGAACUUGGCCAUUUUCGUGGUGGGCAACGGAUACUUGUUGUACCGUCAAUACAAGCGCCAACAGGAUGAGGUUGUCGAGGAGUUGAAGCAGGAGGCUGCCGACGCCGACUACGGCUCGGAUGGCGAGGCCGAACAACAGAACUCUCUCCUGGCCUACGACGCCCAAGCUGCCGCCCGCAAAUUCCAGCUGGACUAUUUCCCCGUCUAUGCUCUGGCGAUGGCGGCGGAUUGGUUGCAGGGCCCUCACAUCUACGCCAUCUACAAGUACGAGAAGAACAUCCCCGAGAAGAUCGUCGCCGCACUCUACGCCGCAGGCUUCGUCUCCGGUGCCAUCUCCGCCUCGUUUGCGGGCGAGCUCGCCGAUCGACAUGGACGCCGCCUCGCCUGCAUUAUCUACUUCGUCACCUACAUCCUGACAUGCCUGACGAUGCUGUCCGAUAACCUCUUCAUCCUCUUCGUCGGUCGAUUCUGCGGUGGCAUCUCAACCACCCUGCUCUACAGCGUCUUCGAGGCAUGGCUGAUCACCGAAUACCACCAACGAGGCAUGUCGCGGACGAGCCUCAAGCUGGGCGCCAUUUUUGGCAACAUGACCACCAUCAGCUCUAUCGUCGCCAUUCUGUCCGGCAUAUUCGGCGAUAUCUUGGUCAACUGGUUGGGUGGCCGUGUGUGGCCCUUCAUGGCAAGCGCUGGGUGCUCCGUGUUGGCCGUGAUGCUGAUCAUGAAGUCGUGGCGGGAGAACUACGGAGGCCAACAGGGAAGCCGGUCAACGACCUCCGUGGCUGAUGUCAAGAAAGGAAUCCAGGCCAUCGUGUCAGACAGGCGCGUGCUGUCCCUGGGUCUCACCUUGACCUUCUUCGAGGGCGCCAUGUACCUCUUUGUUUUCUUCUGGUCUGCUGCAUUGAAGAGCGCGAGGACAAAGGCGGGGUCGGACGAGGAGCUGCCAUUUGGCCUCAUCUUCUCGAGCUUCAUGUGCUCCAUGAUGGCUGGGUCUGCGUUCUUCUCCCUCUACACCAAAACACACACCAAGGAAACGACGUCCAACAUCUUGAUGGCGGUUGUCCUCGUGGUCAGCGGGUGUUUAUCCGGUGCCGUUCUGCUGGAGCAUGAGCAGUUACUCUUCUGGGCACUUUGCAUGAUCGAGGCAUGCAUCGGUGCCUAUUUCCCCAGCAUGUCGUUCUUGAAGAGCGAGGUUGUCGAGGAUAGCACCAGAGGGCGUGUUUACAGUCUGCUGAGAUUGCCGCUCAAUGUCUUUGUCGUCGUGGCCCACAGCCUGGACGAGGAGGGCGAUGAUCACCGGAAUGCUGUCUUCAUCACCUGCGCGGCACUCUUGAUGGUGUCUUUCUUCAUUGUUAAGAGGAGCUUCACUAGCUCUUAA